GGGGUUCGGGCGCUCCUCCUCCCAGCCCCUUUCUUUUCAUCUGGGGGGCUUCCACCCUGCCGAUCCCACCGACUCCUUCUUGGGGUGGGAGCCCAGCUCCGACGGAAAGGGAAGCCCUAUCCCGAAGGAGAUCCCGACCUGAUCCCUUCUGUUCCCACCCCCCCCCCCUUUUUUUUUGGGGAAAGCAAUGAGACGCUUCGUUUCCCUGCUCUUCAUUGAGACGGUCUACUGCUGCAUCAUAGCGGGGAGUUCUGCCCAGGGAAUUCCGGAAGGACGGCUGAAAGACGACAUCCCAAAUGAGCACCUGGAGCCUGGGAGAAGACACAUUCACCCCAAGCACCAAGUGAAGUUUAAGGUCUGCACUUCUACAGACCCAGAGCACGAAGGCUGCAAACUCGCCAUAGGUCACAACAGGCAUUUAGAAGACUGUGGAUUCAACAUGACUGCCAAGACCUUCUUCAUUAUCCACGGGUGGACGAUGAGUGGCAUGUUUGAAAAUUGGCUGGACAAGCUCGUGUCAGCCAUCCAGGAGAGAGAGAAGGAGGCCAAUGUGGUCGUGGUGGACUGGCUUCCUCUGGCCCAUCAGCUCUACACAGAUGCUGUGAACCACACCAGAGUGGUUGGGAAAGACAUCGCCAAGAUGCUGGACUGGUUGCAGGAAGAGCAUCAUUUUUCACUCGGGAACGUUCACCUGAUUGGCUACAGUCUUGGAGCUCAUGUUGCUGGGUAUGCUGGCAACUUUGUUAAGGGAACAAUUGGCAGGAUCACGGGUUUGGAUCCAGCGGGCCCUAUGUUUGAAGGAGUGGAUGCAGACCGACGCCUCUCUCCGGACGACGCGGACUUUGUGGACGUCCUCCACACAUACACCAAGUCUUUUGGCUUAAGUAUCGGGAUUCAGAUGCCAGUGGGACACAUGGACAUUUACCCUAAUGGUGGAGACUUCCAGCCUGGCUGUGGGCUAAAUGAUGUUUUAGGAUCAAUUGCAUUUGGAACGUUCCCUGAGGUGGUGAAAUGUGAGCACGAGCGAGCUGUACACCUCUUUGUGGACUCCCUGGUGAACCAAGAUAAGCAGAGUUUUGCGUUUCAGUGCACGGAUUCGAACCGCUUCAAAAAGGGUAUCUGCCUCAGCUGCAGGAAGAACCGCUGCAAUAACAUCGGCUACAAUGCCAAGAAAACAAGGAACAAGAGGAACAGCAAGAUGUAUCUAAAGACCAGAGCGGGCAUGCCCUUCAAAGUGUACCAUUACCAGAUGAAAAUCCACGUCUUCAGCUACAAAGACAUGGGAGAGAUCGAACCAACCUUUUUUGUUACUCUUUAUGGCACCAACACGGAUUCCCAGUCUCUUCCUCUGGAAAUAGUCGAGGAGAUCGGACUGAACGCCACCAACACCUUUCUAGUCUACACCGAAGAAGACAUGGGUGAUCUCCUGAAGAUCAAACUCACCUGGGAGGGAUCCUCUCAGUCCUGGUACAAUCUCUGGAAGGAGCUGCGGAGCUACUGGUCGCUCCCCAAAAACCCUACGAAGGAGCUGCACAUAAGACGCAUCCGGGUGAAGUCUGGGGAAACUCAGCAGAAAUUGACCUUCUGUGCUGAAGAUCCUCAGCCGACCACCAUAACCCCUGGCCAGGCACUCUGGUUUAAGAAGUGUCGAGAUGGCUGGAGAGUGAAAAACCAAACAAGUUCGGCCGAAAGUCUGCUCUGAGAGUUCUUUGGAAAUUUUCCACCCAGAGCCCCAGAACAGGCAAGCCACAUGAAAAAGUUACUUCUGGAGAUCUACUCAAAUAGAAGGACAUUCCUGUACAACUUGUAGGAUAUCUUCUUCCCAGGGAAGGGCUUUGGUCACCGUGAGCAGGAGGAAUGUUGGGAUACAUGGCUUUCCUAGGAUAAUGCUAACUCGAACCUCCAAAGAGGCCUCCUUUAGGAGUCUGGAUUCUCUAUUUAAUUCUAGCAUCCCUAAUCCUGUUUUGCCAACCAAGUUGGUAUAGCUUUUCUAGAAAAGACACGUGUUAUUAGAGUGAGGGAAACGACAGAUCUAGAGUUGAAGUGAUAAGGGUGCUGCUGUGGUCUAUACAAGACAAAAUCUUAGCACAAACAGGAACAACAUGGCCUAAUGGAAAGAGCAGGGGUCUGGGAAUCAAAUGACUUGGGUUCCAAUCCAGGCUCGGCAAUA